AUUAAACUCUCGUUGAAAUAUCACUUUUUCUUCUUCCUUUGUGUUUCGUGUUGAAGCGUUGGCCGCGAUCCUCGUUAGUAUCUAGACUAUAUACUCCUCCGUACGAGUACGAUUUAUUUAUUCACAGAUUUGUAUUCUUCUCUCGCCAUUCAUCGUUCCUCAUUUCACAUUCAAAUUUAUCUAAGAUUCAUCAAAAUUUCAAUUUGAAGUUUCCUCUCUUUCUUUUUUCGUCCCAAACAGGAUGAAGGCGGGGUUUAAUGGAUUAAGGGGUAAAGAAAUUUCUCUUAUUUCCAUUGUUCUUAUGUGUGCAACUAUCCUUUUAUGGUCAUGGGAAAAAACACCUGGUCUUACUGCCUUUCUUCCUCCCCAAUCACCGCUGCAGUUUUCUUCAGAUCAUUUAUUUAGUAGUUCUUCGGUGAAGGAAUUAGAUACACAUAUACAUGUGGCGGAACAUGACUCAUCGUGGCCAACAAAAAAGACCACCGAUGAGCUGGAAGAACAAGAUCUGGAUUUAGCAUCUCAGACGAUUUCUGCACAAAGCUCUUCUGGAAAGAGCAUGGGUGAAAGUAAUACCAGAACUACUUCACGUACAGAACAAAUCCUGUCAAGUGUGUCCGAUGAAGAAACAAAACAUGAAGGAGUUUUGGAAGCUGGGAAAAGCCAUGGUGUACAAGCUUCUUCCAGCCUAACAACAUCUGAGGCUAAAAGUAAUGAAGCUAAGGAGGAGAAAAAUUCCAAACAAGAAGAACCUAAAAUAGAUCUUGUCAUAAACAUUCCACAAAAAAGUUAUAUACCUGUCAGAAAAGAAAGUUGGAAUAAUGCUACAGAAUACAAAGCCUGUAACUAUGCAAAAGGAAAAUGGGUCCCAGACAACAAACAUCCUCUGUAUUCAGGUUUUGGUUGCAAACAGUGGCUCUCUGCAAUGUGGGCUUGCCGCUUGAUGCAACGUACUGAUUUUGCAUACGAGAGGCUUAGAUGGCAACCAAAAGAUUGUCAAAUGGAGGAGUUUGAAGGUUCUAAAUUUUUUAGAAGGAUGCAAAACAAAACUCUAGCUUUUGUGGGAGACUCAUUAGGUCGGCAGCAGUACCAGUCUUUAAUGUGCAUGGUAACUGGUGGUGAGGAGACAAAUGAUGUUGAAGAUGUGGGUAAGGAAUAUGGUUUGAUUGUAGCCGAGGGCUCUGCCCGUCCUAAUGGAUGGGCAUAUCGUUUUUCAAGGACUAAUACUACCAUUUUGUACUACUGGUCGGCAAGCUUAUGUGAUGUUGAACCUAUUGAUGUAAACAACCCAGAUACAGAUUAUGCAAUGCACCUUGAUCGGCCCCCAGCAUUCCUGCGUCAAUUUAUACACAAGUUUGAUGUCCUGGUUCUCAACACUGGUCAUCACUGGAAUCGAGGGAAACUUAAUGCCAAUCGAUGGGUAAUGCAUGUUGGUGGUGUCCCAAAUACUGAUAGGAAGAUAGCUGUGAUUUGGGCUGCCAAGAAUCUUACAAUUCGUAGCGUUGUUAGUUGGGUGGAUUCACAGCUUCCAAAAUAUCCAGGUUUGAAAGCAUUUUAUCGUACCAUUUCUCCUAGACAUUUUUUUGGUGGGGAAUGGAACACAGGAGGCAGUUGUGACAACACUAAACCAAUGUCGGUUGGAAAAGAAUUACUGGACGAGGAGUCCAGUGAUCAAGUUGCUGCAAGUGCGGUUAAGGGAACAAGGGUCAAACUUUUGGACAUAACAGGUCCUUCUCAGCUGAGGGAUGAGGGUCAUAUAUCACGGUACAGCUUAACAGCAAAGCCUGGUGUGCAGGAUUGCUUACACUGGUGUUUGCCUGGUGUUCCUGAUACAUGGAAUGAAAUGCUCUUUGCUCAAAUCUAGUUUGCACAUCAUGGUUUUAGGAGAGUAUAUGGUUGGUCUUGAAAAGGUGAAAGCCGUUCCUUGGCUAGGAUGCAGUCAUGGGGUUAUGCUAUACUAUUUCCCAAGUCUAAACUAUCAAGCUGAUUUGGAGAGACAUUGGAAGAUUGCAGAGACUAGUUAUAUCGGCUGCCUCAAGAAUUUCUUGGACUAGGCAAAAUUUUGAGGUGUUUAAUAUAACUUGGUUGGCAUGUAAAUUAGUUAUUUUCUUUAUACGAUCCCUUGUGCAUUCUCAGCCGAAAAGUAAGUUUGAUGGUCAAAGCUGCUGUAGAAUAGCACCGGAAGAUUGUUACUGAAGUGAGUUCUUAGCCACUGUUGCUGAAGUUUGAAUCAUCAAUAGGACAUCAAUAGGACACGAUGCCGGUGCUCUCUCUCCUUAUAAUUUUUUUAAUUUUUUUUUGGGGGGGAGGGGGGUUGAGGGGGAGUGGAACUGAAUAGUGUGUUCUUAGUCUUAGAUUCUAUAAUACAUUAUAGAGAAACCAAAAGCAUACCCUAACACAUGUUAUGUUGAAUUCUACAGUUCAGUAGAUAAUAUAAUUAGUGGGGUCUCUUUGUUUGUUGCAACUAGUUAUGUUUACUCGUUUAUGAGCUCAUUAUCUAUCCACUGACGCGUUUGCUGAUGAUAUUAAUAAAUAACUAUGUUGGUUUGUCUGUUCGUAA